AUGUCUGUUCAGAAAGCUAUUGCAGUGGUCGCAAUGGCGCAGCCUGUCGAGUUGAUUGAGCGGCCCAUCCCAAAGCCAGGCCCGGGCCAAGUUCUUGUCAAAGUCUCCAUCGCAGGACUUAAUCCACAUGAUACGCUAGUCCGAGAGAUUGCGUACUUUGUCGGAAAGGACAAUCUGCCGGGGGUUCUUGCAAUCGACAUAGUCGGGGAGAUAGUCAAACUCGGCGAAAACGUCAACGCCUUCAGGGUAGGCAACAAGGUCAUGGGCCAGGGAGAUCCUGUUGUGUCAGACACAAAAGGAUCACAGGAAUUUGCUCUUCUCGACGCCGACUUCAUCGCACCUCUACCCAGCUCGGUCAGCCCUGACCAAGCCGACACCAUCAUCCUGAACCCGUUGACGGCGUAUGUGGCAGUUUUGACGCCCCUGGGUCUCGAUAUUCCAUCCCCACUGGCUGCAUCGGCGCGGGAGUUCGACUACAAGAACACCGGCAUCGUCAUCAUUGGAGGAAGCUCCUCGUGCGGGAGGGCCGCAAUUCAGCUUGCCAAAUGGGUCGGAAUCGGCACCAUCGUCACUGUCGCAGGAAAGUACGGGGAAGCUGACCUCAAAUCCAUUGGCGCCACGCAUGUGAUUGAUCGAAGUUUGUCGGAUGAAGACAUCCAGCGCGAAGUCCGAAACAUCGUCGGCGACGACCUGUUGUACGUGCUCGACUGCAACAACAGAGCCGACCACACACCGGGCAUCCGCAUGUUGUCCAACUCGAAGAAAGGCACCAUGGUACCUCUAGCAGUCUCGCGGCCAAAUACUGUCGACGAGACCAAAGUCGGACCCAAGCAGCAAGGUUACAACUUCAGGAAAUUCGUUUGUCGACCGGUCUUGUUUCGGGAGAUAGCUGCCCAGUUCUACAAGGCGUUGCCCAGCUUGAUUGAUGAUGGGGUGCUGAAACCCACUUCCUUUGAGGUCAUUAAAGGAUUGGAUGCGGACAAAAUAAAUGCGCAACUCGAUAAGUGGAGGGACGGACAGUGGCCUUCCAGAGUCAACAUUCACGUUUCAUAG